UUGAGCCAUUUCACAUUUUCCCGUCGUCCGUGCACGACGUGCGUUCAUAAUCGCAAAUGGUACACCGUGACCGAUCAAAGUAAAUCGCCUAAUUCUAUGUGAAGGCACAAGUAAUUGUUAACGACGUAAAUGCUAUCAAUUAGAACGGCUCCUGCAGUGUUAAGAAAAGCAUUUAGCUGAUUAUUACGAAGAACGGAACGUAAUAAAAAUAGAAGAAGAAAAAAUAUUACAUAAAACCGUUGUGUAAGUGUGUAGUAUAAAAAAGUGUGCAAAUUUAAGUGUGUUUGAUCCUUUAAAAAAGCGACAAUAUAAACGAAUGUGAAUAUAAACGGGGAAAAGCGUCGGGCAUUCAACAGCAUAGAUGUGUGUUUGGUGCGAUUCGAAAAUGGGAUUCAAACGUGUGAUGUUGAAUCGUUUGCAAAUUGGAAGUGAAAAUAAGACAUUGAUAAUGGAUGAAAACAAUGAUGCAAAUAAUGAUGGCAAUCGUAAGCACACUGAUUUUAGCAUCGAUAAAAUCCUAAGCGAUAAUCAAAACUCAUCAAAAAGUCCACCAACAAAUACGGUGGCCGGCGAUCGUUUAUAUCAAAAAAUCAACAAUGAUUAUGCAUAUUGGAAUUGGAAUCGUCGAAUUUAUCCGCCACCAAUUUCAAUGGUACAUCCCCGUCGCUCUGCAUUUUUACCAACCGCUUCGACCGUUACAUCGGCCACCGCACAUUAUGAAAUCAUGAACUUAUCGCUACGAAUGUACGAUCAACAAAUCAAUUUAAGUAAUGUCGAUCGCAUUCGAAAUGCAUACGCUUGGGCAUUGCCAUCACAGUCACCAACAAAACUCUAUGAAUCACAAAUGUUUUUGAAUAAUAACAAUAACAACAACCAUACAAACAACAAUAUCAAUGAUAUUAUCACCGAACCAAGUGCAUUACAAUACAAUAGUAAAUUUUCCAUUUAUCAAAAUCUCAAAACGUAUGGCAUCGAUCUGACCAAUUUAAGUGAAUUCAAUGCUCAAGUGAAUUCAAGCGUUACGGCAACCACAAUCAAAUCAGAACCACUAACACCCGAAAAUUGUGCGGUCGCCACAAAUUUGGCAUGCUCCGUAUGCAAUAAAGUUUUUGAAAAUCCACUCAUUUUAGAUGCACACGAACGAACACACAAAUCACCACGAUACACAUGUGAUGAAUGCGGCAAGGGAUUUUCCCAAUUACGUAACUACAAAUAUCAUGUAUCGGUGCACAAGGGAACAAAGGAAUUUGCAGCCAAAUGCCCGGAAUGCGAUAAAUUGUUCAACGACAAAGGCUAUUUAAGUAGCCACUUGAAAAUUCAUCGCAAUAAAAAGGAGUACGUGUGCCCAAGCUGCCCCAAAUCAUUUAACCAAAGAGUUGCAUUCAAUAUGCAUGUUCGAAUCCACUCUGGCGUUAAGCCCCAUAAGUGCAACGAGUGCGGCAAGUCAUUCUCUCGAAAAAUGCUGUUGAAGCAACAUUUGAGAACGCACAGCGGGGAGAAACCCUAUCAAUGUUCAAUAUGCAUGAAAAGUUUUGCCGAUAGAAGCAAUAUGACGUUACACCAACGCUUACACUCAGGAAUUAAACCAUUCGCGUGCACUAUUUGUCCGAAGGCUUUCACGAAAAAGCACCAUUUAAAGACUCAUCUGAAUUACCACAUCGGUUGUAAGCCGUAUAUCUGUCCCCAUCCUAACUGUAACAAAUCAUUUACUCAAUCGAGCAAUAUGCGAACACAUUCACGUAAAUGUGAAUUCAAACCACCCGAACAACAAAUUUAGGAAAAUUAACACUAUAUUAUUUCGAUGUAAACCAGUUUUUAACAAGAUAAAAAUACAUUAAUUUAUUUUUUUGCAAAUAUUCAAGCAUUUUACCAAGUAUUUAUUAUAAUAUUGAUUUGUGGAUAAGAGAUGAUAAAUUAUAAAC